AUGGCUUCGCCCGUGCUGUUCGCCCUCCUCCGUCACGCCGCCACGCCACUGCCCUUCACGCUCCUCAACGAACAGCUCACGCGGCUUUCCACACUCGUCGGCCUCCCCGUUGACCAGCUCCGCUGCGUCACGUGUCUCCUCGCCGUCUACCCCUUUGCUGUCCUCGUGCAGAAGCUGCCAUCGGCCACGGCCAAGCACUGGCUCCACAUUUGCGGCGGCGUGAGCAUCGCCCAGUUCGUCUAUGGCUCGGGAUGGCUCCACUCGCUGCUCUCGUCGCUGCUCACGUACGCGCUCGUGCGCGUCCUGCCGCCCACGCGGGCCGCGGCCGUUGUCUUUCUCGCCAAUAUGCUGUACGUCGCUGCCCUGCACGUCCACCGCAUGCGGGUGAACUACAUGGGCUGGAGCAUGGACGCGACCGCGAGUCAGAUGCUGCUGCUCAUCAAGUUGACGAGCUUUGCCUUCAACUACCACGACGGCGUCGUGCCGAGCGCAACAGCAGUCGCCAAAGGCGACUCGGACCAGACGAAGCGCGUCAAGCAGAUCCGCGCGCAGUUUGCCAUGCCGCACCUCCCGUCGCUCUUGGAGUUCCUCGGGUUCGUCUACUGCUUCACGACGUUCUUAGCCGGUCCCGCGUUCGAGUACAGGGAAUACAGCGACGCGAUCCAUCGAACGCGCUUUGUCGACCGCAAAGGGGUCCGACGGCACGUGUCGCCCGCACGGGCUGCCGCGUCCAAGUUGCUGCUCGGACUGAGCCUCAUGGGACUCCUCGUGCCGUUUGGCGCACUGGCCGACGUGAAGGCCAUUCUGCGCGACAAUGAGCACCAGUCGCUGGUCCGCAAGUGGGUUCGCCUCCUCGUGGCGCUGUUCCUCACGCGGGCCAAGUACUACGUCGCGUGGAAAUUGGCCGAAGGCGCAACAGUGCUCACGGGCGCGGGCUUCGAAGGCUUUGACGAGCACAACAACCCCAGAGGGUGGGACGCCGUCAGCAACGUGGACAUUCGCGGCUUUGAGCUCGGAGCGAACGUCCGCGAGGUCACGCGCGCGUGGAACAAGGGCACGCAGAACUGGCUGGAGCGCUACGUGUACACGCGCACGGGGAACUCGUUGCUCGCUACGUACCUCGUCUCGGCGCUAUGGCACGGGUUCUAUCCCGGCUACUACCUCUUCUUCCUCACGCUACCGCUCGCUACGUCCGUGAACCGGUUGGCUCGACGCCACGUGCGGCCGUACGUUGUGAAGAGUGCGCUCAAACCCCUCUACGAUCUCGUGGGCAUGAUCUGCACGGCACUGGUGGUCAACUACCUCGCCGUGUCGUUCGUAGUGCUGUCGUGGGACGAAGCGGUGAAAGGGUUUCGCGCCUUGCGCUUCGCGGGCCACGUUGGCCUCGUGGUGAGCUACUUGCUACUGACGUUUGUCCCGGUCGAGAAGGCUGCGCGCCGACAGAAGACGUUGUAG